UUAUGUGGUUGCAUCAUUAUAUACAGUCAACUUAUCAAUAUAUUAUGUCAAUCUUUCAAUAUACGAUGUGCAUUUAUUAUUAUACGAUGUGCAUUUAUGAAUAUAUUAUGUGGUUGUAUCAUUAUAUACAGUCAAUUUAUCAAUAUAUUAUGUCAAUCUUUCAUUAUACGAUGUGCAUCUAUUAUUAUACGAUAUGCAUUUAUUAUUAUACGAUGUGCAUCUAUUAUUAUACGAUGUGCAUUUAUGAAUAUAUUAUGUGGUUGCAUCAUUAUAUACAGUCAACUUAUCAUUAUAUUAUGUCAAUCUUUCAUUAUACGAUGUGCAUCUGUUAUUAUACGAUGUGCAUCUAUUAUUAUACGAUGUGCAUUUAUGAAUAUAUUAUGUGGUUGCAUCAUUAUAUACAGUCAACUUAUCAAUAUAUUAUGUCAAUCUUUCAUUAUACGAUGUGCAUCUAUUAUUAUACGAUGUGCAUUUAUUAUUAUACGAUGUGCAUCUAUUAUUAUACGAUGUGCAUUUAUGAAUAUAUUAUGUGGUUGCAUCAUUAUAUACAGUCAACUUAUCAAUAUAUUAUGUCAAUCUUUCAUUAUACGAUGUGCAUCUGUUAUUAUACGAUGUGCAUCUAUUAUUAUACGUUGUGCAUUUAUGAAUAUAUUAUGUGGUUGCAUCAUUAUAUACAGUCAACUUAUCAAUAUAUUAUGUCGAUUUUUCAUUAUACGAUGUGCAUCUAUAAUUAUAUGACCGCUGCUUUAUAUGAAGUGCAAACAUCAUUAUAUCGUGUGCUUCUGUCAUUAUGAUGAUGGGGUAAAAUUUACUGGGUUAUAUCUCACUAUGCACCGUUAAUGGCGUUAUCUGCAACAGCGGGAAAACUCAAAGUAAGUUGUAUCUUCUUUAUUUAUUUUUUAACUACGUGUGUCAUUAAAUAUUUGUAUAAUAAAUGUACCAGAAGUAUCAUGUUUAUUAAUAUCUGGUUUGUUAGUACUGUGGAGUGAUUUUUGUGCUGUUUAAUCUAAAUUAUUUUACUCUGAUCUUUCGUCUCUCACUUGAAAGUUGAUUCGACCUUGUCAGCAGGGUAGCAAGACACCUCAUCCCCCAGAUACUUAAUCCCCAGACACUUCACCCUCCAAUUUUGAAGACACUUCAUCCCUUCAGACACUUCACCCCCCAAAAUCAGUAAGACACUUCACCCCUCAUCCAAUUUUUUUCUAUAAAGUAAAUAAAACAAGUUGGUCAACAACAAAAUGCGUAUAUAUGUUUAUAUUUAUUAUUUUUAGUAUUAUUUGAUUAAAAAUUUUGCUUAUUACCUUUAUUUUUACUAAGUUUUAAGCUGAUUUAGGUUAUUUGGUUGUAUUGCCAAAUUAUAUAUAACAGCACUUUCAUCCAUUUAAAGUUUUUAUUGCAUGUCACCUUGUUUAUUCAACAUGUUGAUUAGUUGUUUAUUCAACGGUUAUCUCACAAUUGAUUAGAUAAUUGAAUUAAAAUGGUAUAAUUGUAUGAAAAUUAAAUUUAUUCUUAAUAAAUAAAUUUAAUAAAUAAACAAAUAAAUAAAUAAAAUGAAUAUGAAUGAAUGAAUCGGUUGCUAUAUAAAAUAUAGGACGCGGACAGGACGUGGCCAAGGUAGUCCUGAUUGGCCUGUAACUGGGCCUCUCCAACCUCUUCGGCCCUGUCACAGGCCUUGUUCACUUUCUUCUAAAUGAGGGAUGAAGAAGGUGCCUUGAUAUUUAAGCAGGUGAGAACAAGUGACACAUCAUCCAUUCCCAUUCUAGAUUUCGUCACCGGCAUCACUUUGAAAGUGGCAGCUCUGGCAAUGAAUAGAUACUUUGAUACAAAGUCCAUGCCGUCGCACUAUUCUCAGGGAAAUGGACGCGUUUUGGCAGUGCUGCCGAUGGAACAAUGACACUAAUUGUUUUAAAUUGUCUAAAUGUACAAUGAUACAUUCAUCAAUUUCAGCAACUUCAUCAUUUAUUACCUCAUUUUCAGAUUUUGGUCUGAGUAUGGUAGACUAACACUGUCAUCAUCAUCACUUUUGCUGUUACUGGUUAUAUGUUUUACAUCAGUUGCCUCUGACUGACUAAGUCUCACAACUUGUUCAACAGGUUCAUUUGAUUUUGGUCUGAGUUUGUAUGGUAGACUAACACUGUCAUCAUCAUCACUUUUGCUGUUACUGGUUAUAUGUUUUACAUCAGUUGCCUCUGACUGACUAAGUCUCACAACUUGUUCAACAGGUUCAUUUGAUUUUGGUCUGAGUAUGGUAGACUAACACUGUCAUCAUCAUCACUUUUGCUGUUACUGGUUAUAUGUUUUACAUCAGUUGCCUCUGACUGACUAAGUCUCACAACUUGUUCAACAGGUUCAUUUGGUUACAUUGAUGUACUACACAUCAUGGCACAGUAUGAUACUAUUACAUCAUUGUUAGGUAGAAUAGGUCUAAGACACCUUGUUGAAAACUUCAAAACCCAGAGGAUCGACAGUAUUGACACAUGCAAGAGAUUAGCAGACACUGAUUUACUAUCUCUUGGUCUGUCUACAAUUGGAGACCGUGCCCGGUUCCGUGCUGAAAUUACAGCAUGUCAUGAAAAUGCAUCAACAGGUGACAGUAGAGCUUUUUUGGCAAGCCGGUCAAGAUUCAGCAGAAAGAAGCCAGCUAGACGUAAAACUUGGACAGGAACAUUCGUUUGUUUGGCAGAUCAUAACCAACCAAGGUUCCAUGUCAAGAGGAAAAAGUUUGCCUACAAAGGGCAGGAUUAGGUGUUAAAAAAAUUACUUUUGAUUCUGAGGCAUCUGAAUCAGAAGUAGAUUCUGUUAUUACUGGUGAAAGUGGUUUUAAAAAACUUGAAGGCUGUGGCGGUUAUGAACUCUUGCAUUGUAGAUCUAACUGCAGAAAUCUUUCAAAAAAUAGAUGUAAGCUGGGAUGUAAAAAAGCUUGAAAACUGUUGUUGGUGGACAGAGUAAAAUAUACAUUAGACCCAUUCAAACCUCCCUGGAGUUACAGUUCGAAAACGAGGAGGCAAAUACAUCCAAUAUAAAGUUUCCAUGUAUGAUAUGUGGUGUUGAAUUCAUUGUUAGGGACUUACGGGAGCAUGCAAAUACCUGCUUAAAAACUGAUAAUCCUACUGACAAUGAAGUUGUUAACAAGGACACAACUUUUGAAACACCUUUUGAAAUAAAUAUGCCUCUUGACUUAAACAAUUUAGAGUUUUUCUCUGCUGAUCUUAGUGACACCGUACAGAUAGAAUCUUCUGCAGAGAAAAGUACUCAACAAGUUGACAGUCCUACAGAAACAGCUAGCACCUUUUCUGGAAUUGAGAAUCACCAACAAAAUGAACAGUCAGAAAUCCAAACAAUUACAGAAUCCUGUAUAGAAGGUAUUAGUUCCCAGGAAAUAACAGAUCCGAUUCAUGGUUUAAGAUUUUUGCAGACAAAGAUUGUUACAGGAAGAAAGCUUGAUUUAGAAGAGGAAGACUUGGAGUCUGGUCUUACAUGUGCUGACUGUAGUACAAAUUACAUAAUUGUUGACAGGAAUCACAUUUUGUCCACAGGUAUGGAUGAAAUAAAAGAACUGAAUGACUUGAGGCUAACAUUGGAAGUUCAGUUCUAUGGUGAGAAUGCUGAGGACUAUGGUGGGCCCAGGAAGGAAUUCUUUAGCCUUAUUCUACCAGAACUGAAGGCUAAAUACUUCGAACCAGUGCGUGAUUGGAUAAGUUUGAGUGAAUAUGAAACAGCAGGAAAGAUUAUAGCAUUCUGCUUGCUACAGAAUGGAAAACUGCCUAGAAUUCUAGAUGUGAACACAUUGGCUGAACUGUUUGAAGACAGUCCAAGAGGGGUUCUUUCUGCUUUCGCUAAGGGAUUGGAUUCACUUGGAAUAUUUCAGGUACAAGUUUUUUAUAGCAAAUAAUGUU